AUGAAGGGUGUAUUGAGAUUUGGCAAGAAAGGGAAAUUGAGACCACGAUUUAUUGGACCUUUCGAGAUCCUUGAAAAGAUUAGUGUUGUGGCUUACCAACUUGCCUUACCACUUGAACUUGCAGCAGUGCAUAACGUGUUUCAUAUAUCGAUGCUCAGAAAAUAUGUUCAUGACCCCAAUCAUGUAAUAAGUUAUCAGACAUUGAACGUACAGAAGGACUUAUCAUAUGAAGAUAUUCCGAUGAUGAUUUUGGAUAGAAAAGUGCAUUGGCUAAGAAAUAGAGAAGUUCCCCUAGUCAAAGUCCAAUGGCAGAAUCAUGGACCCAACGAGCCAACCUGGGAGAAAGAAGAUGAGCUUAAAAUCAA